UCGGCGCUAUUCUGUGAAUAAAAUAUGACAACAGUAAAGCAGUAGCAUGGUUGUUGAUUCCCUUUAGGCCGCCAUCUAAUUACAUUGUACUAAAUUUUUUUACUAUAUUUUUUAAUGGUGUCUACAGAUUCUGCACCACCGUGACAGUUCGAUCGGGCAUUACGGAAGCUGUGGGCCGAACUUGAACAAUCGGAAAACGAUCACCAAGCUGAGGCCUAUCGUUAUGAAACAAGGAUAAGAGAACUGACGGCACAUACCAACCGCAAUAAGUCUGCUGCUGAAAAUCCAGUCGGUUGGUAUCGGUACCGAUAUCUGUUUCCAAGAGGCACACGGAUCACACCGGUUGUACCCCAGUACUUCCUGGAAACAGUUCGGAUGACUGCAUUGGUUGGCAAAUUACCCGUAACUGGACUGCAUUAUCUGCGAGAACUCCUGCGUGCCACUUUCCUUUCUUCAUCCUUCCAUUUCUUAUUCUUCUAUGGUACUUGUCGGCGUAAGAUUCGGCGCGCCGUAACUAACUGCGCCUGCAAAUUACCCGUAACUGGACUCCAUUAUCUGCGAGAACUCCUGCGUGCCACUUUCCUUUCUUCAUCCUUCCCUUUCUUAUUCUUCUAUGGUACUUGUCGGCGCCGUUGUCGGCGUAAGAUUCGGUCUUCUCGUUACACUCGGCGACGGUGGCGAUGGCUGGGCUGGUUUUGUGUGCCGCCCGGCACCGUGCGGCCCGCACCGUGUUCGACCAGGCAGAUGUCCCAUCGGCAAGCAUCGGCCAAGCAACCAUUAAAUUGCUGUGUUUAGUGUAGUCACAAAACUGCUAUAAACAAAUUUUGAUUCAAAUUGUUUAGGGUUUUUUAUCUAUCUUAACCGAAUCUUUUUGAAACUUAAACUUCUUUAAAGCCAUCAAACAACCAAAAAAUGCAAGCGCCGGUACACCGCUUCAUAACUAAAAAUUGAUUUGAACAUAAAAAACAGCCAAAAUCUGUAUUCACCCGCUGAUCAAAAUUUCAUUACUUAACAUAGCAGUAGCAUUUCUCUUAAUGACAGCUACUAAAACGUUGAUUGAUAAAAGCAGUAGAACGCGCAUUCUGAGCCUUUCUCCUUUUAUACUCGUACAGUAGUUAGAUCGCAGUCUCAAAUACUGUUGGGCCGGCCCGGCCCUUUUGGGAGGGCCGCGCCGGGCCGCGGCCCUCGGCCCGGGGAGAAGGGCCAUGGCCCGCUAUGGAAGUUAAAUAUGGAAAAAGACGUAGAAAAACGAAAAAUUUCAUAAGGAUUUACUGAAAUUCAGUAUUUUUCGAGGAGUUUUGCUUAAUUUUUGCAAAUUAAAUGCUUUCUAGGCGAAUAUCCGCCUGUUUUUCUGUUGACGUACUCUCUGUAGCCGCUUGCAUAAUGACAUCCGGGAAUGAAAUAUUAUUGUGCAGCAAGACGGCCCGGGCCGCGGCCCGGUGACAUGUCGGGCCGCAGGCCCGCAGCCCGGGACAGUCCGCGGCCCGGGCCGUUUAAACAACGGCCCGGCCCGGGCCGACCCAACACUAGUCUCAAAAUGAAUUUGAGAACCGCUCGGCAGAAGAUACAACUCAUGCAAUAUCUGUCUGUACAGUCGAUUGAGCUACGGUUUACGAUAAUUAGGCAAUGUGCUUCAUAUUAUUUUAAAAUUGUGACCUUUAAUCUGAAUGUAACAUAUACGCACUGUGGUGACAAUGCGUACCAGAAAACAAAUUACAGAGUACACCAGACGUAAGUAAUUCAUCACAAUCACAGUCAUUCAAGAAGAUACGGUUUAUAAAAUAUUUGCGAUCGAAUAGAAUAUACGCAAUUUAAAUUAGCUUAACUCCAUCAGCUUAAGAAACUCCUGUGUGGAGCUCCCGUUUGGACCGAGUGCCGUCAUGAUUUCGUCCUUCCAUUUCUGCGCGGCCCGUUGAAACUUGUUGUCGUCAACUUCCGCUGUUGCGUUCCAACCGGCGACGGUGGCGAUGGCUAAGCGAAUAUCUUGCGCCGGCACAGUGCGCCCCAUUUUUCCCUCUUCCGAAAUCAUCACGGCCACACCGUGCUCCACCAGCCACUGCGAUGUGGACUUCUGGUCAGCAAACAUCGGCCAAGCAACCAACGGAACCCCUUGCUUCCAUGGAGCUAUUCCAUCCGCAAUGACUGACAAACACCCCGGUCGCCCGAUGCUGCAGCACCGCCAUUUGCGGCACCCAGUUCGCGACAACGAACCUGCACCCUUCUCUCUCAAACUGCCGCCCCACCGCGGUCUGCAUCUCCGCUGGAAGCAGCCGAUGCAGCCCAUCCCGAAGCGACCACACAAACGGCCGUCCCAAUUCCCUCAACGCUUUAGCGAUCUCCACAAGCUGCUCAUCGUUCGGACCGACGCUGGACCCGAAGGACACAUACACCACGGAGCGUGGGGCUUGUCGGUCCAGCCACCGCAGAAUCGGCUCGUCCGCCGCCAGGACUUCCGCCGUGGGAAGAAGCGGACCGACGCAGAAGAGCGGUUUAUCCCGGAAGUCGGUGUCCUCGCGAAGGAGCGCGAUGUCGUCCGUCUGCAUGGAGCGGAAACCGUUCUGGAUGGUGCCUGCAGCUCCGGUGAUGACUGCGUUCAUGUUGCGGAAGAUGUGGUUCCCCUUCUUUGAUUUAAGCCAGUGCACUACAUUCGUUUGACGCUAAAUGUGUGUGCCGGAAAACUGCUCCAGUACUUCAGCUGCAUAAGGCUCUUUCUGUACGAGCACUUGAACGUCGUGUUACAAGAGGCCGAAUUGAGCCAGCCUACUACAUUUAUUCUGCGUUACGGACAUCAAUUACAACACAAAUUCAGUGUUACGGUCAUUCGAAGCCAAAAGCCUAAAUACGCAUUCUUUAUCCUACCAUUGUUUAUUGCACUGCACUGCAUUACUGUACUUGGUGCAUGGCAAUUUUCUAGUUUGAAAUUGUGCAAUUCUAUUUUUCUGUUAUUUGUUAAUACCUGAGCAGUUUCAUCGACCAGCAUCAUGUAGCGCAACAACCGCACCGCCGUGGUGUGGAAUCCGUAAUAGGGAAUGCCCCGUUCCCCACACGCACCCAAUACCGGCGCGAAGAAAUUAUCGGCCACGAUACAAUCCACGGCCGGAAUACCCACUUUCCCUGUUCCUUUUCCAUCCCCGGUGUAAUCCACAUCCAGGAUCAACUGCCGUACACUAGGUUCCACCUGCUCCCGGAUAACCUUCCCGAAAUUCGCCGGGAAGACAUCCGACGGGACGUCGUCCUCGAUCCCGAAGACGUGGAUGUCUUCGUCCGCACGAGGUCGAAAACUGUUCUUGGUGGGUAGAAGCAGCGCACGUUCUUUCGAUAAGGCGAUGGUGACACGAUGGUGCCGGCUGAUGCGGCGAGCCAAUUCUAGGAUGGGGAUCAAGUGACCGUACGCCGGGAAGAGCAGAACGAGCACGUGUUUCUUCGGAGAAAACGAAACCUUGCCGGGAACAUACAGCCUGUGCCCCAAUGUGUCGGAUCCCAACGGACUCAGUGUAGCUCAAGGAGUGGAGCGCUACAUUGACCGUCGUAAUUUAUGGGGAAUUAAGAACAUACAAUUUUAUCUUCAGUCUCCCUUUCUGCUGCCGCUUUUCCAGUCGUUCCUUGGAUUGAAGGAAUUCAUGGGUCCGUACUUGGUUUCUCUACAAAUAAAUAACCUAAAAAUUGCCGAGCUGCAGGAUGCUCUUACUUAUGCAUGGCUACCGAGUCUCGAGAAGAGCAACUGGACAGCAACACGCACCGAAAUCAUUCAGACUUUUAAUGGAACCGGGUAUUUUUCACAGAACGGCAUGCCGUUGAUGGUUAUCGUCUACACGCUACCGGUGCCCGAUAUCUUCUCGAAUUUCUCCCGCAAUCUACCCCGUUAUCCCUGGUUGUACGCUCGCAACUCCACCCUCCACGAGUUGACCCGAAUCGAUCCUCCUGUAAUCGGCGAUUUUAUCCAGCGACUGCAGCAGAAAGGUUUGCCGGUCUAUGAAGGCCCAGUUUUUUCUAAGACAAACGUGCUGGAAAAUCUUUAUCUACGGGCCAAUUUUACAUCCGGCUAUUUUGAUACUGACCAGUUAAAGGCGGAUGUGAUGGGAUUCACUCAACAGCUGCGUGUUAAAGAGGGCUGUGGGGAUGCGAACAUGAGCGAUGUGGACGUUCAUUUUGGCUUACUCAAGCCGCACGUCAUGGCUGUGAGGAGAAACCGUGCCUUUUCUGAUUUGAAGUUGAUGCCCAUGCCUUUCGUCAUCACCGUCCAGCAGAAGAAAUAUGUCCAAUAUGCUGCCGAUCUGGCGGUGGGACUCGCGAACCAUUCCGAUCGUUACUACAAACAGGACAUGAGUAACGCCACGGAAACGAAAAUCCCUGGAUUUGGGCUAGUGGAGCUACCACCAGUAGAUCCAGCCUUCUCGUUUCGGAUGUAUCUAAAUCGACCAUUGAAUGUGCAGUACUUACCGUUACUCGAGGUUCUGAUGAUGAGCCACUUAAAUACUGACAGAGACCCUGAUGGGAGAGUGGAAGUGCGUCUAUGGGACUUUGAUCCGAAUGGUUGGAUUGUUAAAUUUUUCGUGGUGCUGCGCCACACUAAAGUACCAGUGCCAUACGCAUCCUUCGUCGUGGAUGCCAGGCUGCUUUACGCUGCUAACAUCUACCGCAAACUCGAUGGCUUCGAGCUCCGAUUAUCAAAUGCCAGUACAGCGUAUAAGUUGAUGAAGGACUCUUAUCCCGCUUACUGGCUGGAUACGAUUAAAGCAUCGACUCUUGCACAAUGUGAAGGAGAAAGCAUUUGGUCCUUACCGGUUGAAGAACAGCUGUGCCCUCUAAAGAAAACGUUUACGUUGUAUGUGGAACGAUACUCUAACCUUGGACUGGAGGAUCUAAUAUCAAAUACCAAAUGGCUGCCGAAUUCAGAUAAAGUUUUGGAUGCAGUACAGCAAGCGUUUGCCGUCGCGAAUCCCGUGACAGUGGACCGUCUCACGCUAACCAUUGCUUUGAUGGAACGCAAUGACACCCUGAUGACAACCGCCGGGCGUGACGCUUUCAAGUUUACGUUUGCUCUGUCCUAUCCAAAAAUGGAGGAAGAAAUUUACUGGAAACUGUGGCGCUAUCCAUCACUUGACGAAAUGAACGGUUUCUUGUUUAGCGUUGCAAACACUGUAAUUGCCCACACUUGGACAGUUCUGAUGCCCGCUUACAAUUACAUUGACUGAAUUUCACCUAUCAGCCCUGGUUACCUGUUCCCGUUGAAUUUCGCUAUGAAAUCUUUGAAUCUUACUGAAUAAGGUGAAAAUUCGGUUAAUGUAGAUCCUAUUGGUUAUGAUGCAUUAUGAUGACCUUUAUCUAGCACAGCUUUUGGUAACGAUGAUCUUUAGCACCUUUUGGUUAUGGCAUUCUCUCUAAAUUCGACAGUCGAAACAGCGAAAUCUUCAAGCUCUUAAAUGUGCCAUUUUUGCUUCUCGGUUCUGGCUGCCGUUGUCAUUCAACUAUGUAUAAGCUGCGAGCAUAAAAUCUGCCGAAUC